CAUUUUCAUCGGAGGGCGUCUUUCAAUGCCAUAUUUUUAUUUUACAGUUUUUAAAAUAAUGUUGGUGUGGUUUUGCCGGCCCCGGACCGGUUCUGGUCCUACGGAGCUCGUCGGACGUUGGUGCCCGUCACGUGGCGUGACGCAGCGGCGCCGCCACGCCGAUGUCCGGGUGGUUCUGCUACUCCACGGCUCGGAAUCGACCCAGCGUGAAACCCGAACCUGUGCUGCGGCUCGCGGUCUCGCGCCUCUGUAGAACGGGAGGCGCGUGCAGAGCGCGUGGCCGCCGGUGACGGAGGAGGCGGCUCGCGCGGCCGCAGCGCUCUUCGCCUCGCUAGCUUGCAGCUAGCUUUUUGCGAUCCCGAUCUGACCCGCUCAGAGCCCCAUGAACCCGCACCUGCGGGUGGCUGCGGGGCAGGUCGUGUCGUGGUUCCGUCGGGGGUUGCCUGGCGGGAUGAUAGUUCUCCUGGGCUGAGUUGGUGACAGAGCGGCGACACACCGCAGCGGCACCAGCUAGCAUGAUGAUCUGGGAGUUCCCUCCUCACCGGAGCCCGGUUGCUUGAGACUGGUCCUGGGGCCCCGCACAGUCUGAUGGAGCCCUUUUUGCAGAUCGCGCCUCAUUCCCUGGCCAUCGUGCUGAGCAGGACUGGCGCAGGGGAGGUGGCCGGAGUGUCCGAGAGCGAUGAGCUGCCCCGGCACCACACUGGGUACGAGAUCUUCGCGAAUUUUAAGGCGGAGAACUCCCAACUGCACGUGUGGAACCAGCGGGUCAGCGAGGCCGUGUCCGAGACGUUCUUCCUGGGAUGGAUCGACGAGCAUGUGCUGCUGAUCCAGGGGAAGGAAGACCACCUGGAGGCGCUGAGGGAGGGUUGGAUGCGGAGAUGCCUGAAUCCACCUCGGGGAUUCACCAUCAAGUACCUCGGGGAUGUCUCGCCCAUCAGCAUGUCCCCAAUCAGCCAACCACAGUUCAUCCCCCUAGGAGAGGUUUUGCUUUUGGCUAUUUCUGCCCUAAACUCCGCCCACAAGCCUGUCACUGAGGAGGCUCUGACCGAGCACCUGCAGACAUGUUUCCAAGGUGUUCCCACGCCGACAGAGGAGGCGCUCCACCAUACGCUGAGCAUGCUGGUCCACGAGCGCAAGAUUUACCCAACCCCUAAUGGAUACUUUAUCGUCACCCCUCAAACCUAUUUCAUCACUCCCAGCCUGGUCCGGACUGGUUCUAAGUGGUACCAUUUAGAUGAGCACCCGGCUGACCGACAUCAGUACCAGAAACCGGAACUGCAUCAGCUGACUCAGUGCACCUCGCCUCUCUCUGGCACCAUAACCCCGUCUACCUCUGGAGGAUUGCGGGAUCGGACGUAUAAAGCAGAGGGCUCUCAGAGCCACCACGCCACUCUGCAGCGGUGCUCUCCCAAAGACCACAGAGAGGUGCACUCCUCACCACAAACGCCUUCCCAGCAAGUGGGAGGAAACUUGGAGAAGGGCAGGGGCAGCCUUGGAUUUGCUUUCAAAAUGGACACGCUCACCAAGCACAAAGGUGGGGCGGCCGUGCCCGCCGCACUGGCAGACGCAGACAAGUCUGCAGGAAGUGGUUCUGGGAGCCGAAAGUUUGGUUUGAAGUUGUUCCGGUUGAGUUUCAAAAAGGACAAGACAAAGCAGCUGGUGACCUUCUCCGCCCAGUUCCCCCCAGAAGAGUGGCCACUCCCUGAUGAGGAUACCCCUAAUCAGAUGCCUCGCUUUGUGGAGAUGGAGAUCAUUCGCAGAAUCAACCCUGACCUCACCGUAGAGAACCUGGCCCGCCACACCGCUGUCAUGAAGCGUCUGGAAGAGGAGCGUGUUCAAAGGAGCAUGGCGUCGUCAGCCAAUCAGAGUUCCAGGAGCAGGAGGAGUGGUGGCCGACACAGGAAGCAGUCUCAGACCAAACAUGGGCGCUCCCACAGCAAAACCCGUUCGACCCGCUUUGACCAGACUGACAGUUCACGCGCUGAUCCAGCCAACAGAGACUAUCGGGGCCACUCAUCGUCUCUGGCUCGCUCGCCUCGAGAACAGGCCCUCGCCGUGGAGAGGCACCGGGCACGCCUUCACCUCGCUCACAGCAUUCCUAACAUCCUGGAAUCCACACACCUGCCUGUUACGCCUGAGUGGGACGUUUCCGGAGGGCUGGCAAAGCGGCGCAUGGAGGUACCUUUCCCUGAGCCGAGCCAUGUCCCUUUAGCCCAUCACUCCAAAGUCCAUCGCUCUCACUCACACACCCAGGAGAGGAAGUCCCGCAGUGAGCGCAGCAGCAAAGCCAAGGAGCGCUCCCGCUCUAUGGACAACUCCAAAGCAGUGCUUGGAGUCGGCCCGGUGGCGCCGUCCAAUUAUUACGACAACCGAAGCCGCUACUACACAGAAGAUGGCAGCCUGAGAGCCAAUCAAAACUCCACGCCGUUCUCCAGAGCGCCGCUCACAACGGGACUGGAGGGGGGCAGGAGCUUUGAUAGGAGUAAGAGUCGAGACAGUCUGGUGGCAUACAAAACACUACCGCCCCACAGCGCUCCCCCUGACGAGUACUUCCAGUGUUCCGGGAAGCCCACCAACACGCUGGGAACUCUGUGCAGGAGCAGCUCCGACCAGCAGCCCCCUCAUCCUCCUGAAAGCAAAGAGGACCCUCCAGAGGGGGGCACCAAUGGUGGCAGCUUCCCCUCAAUACCUCUACCUGUCCCCGACUCCUCCCUUCCUAACAUGCGGCCUCCCAACAGCGCCUCCUGUGGUCAGGAGAAAAAUAAGGAGGUCUUCAACAAAGACGGUUUGUUUGAUCCUCCAUCCAGCCUCCCCCUGUCGAGCUACAGCUCUUUGAAAAAGACCCUGCCUCUGUCCUCGUCCUGUGAUGCUCUGGAUGCUCACAGCGACACCCCCAAACCGCUGGUGGCAACGUCAUCUGCCCCUCCACUGGUACCUGAAGCUACCUCUGGGGCUGCAGAUGCCUCCUUGGACUACUACAACGUUUCAGAUGACGAAGAAGCUGAGGAGGGGGGAGCUAGGAGUAAAGAGGGGGCUUUAGGGGAAAAGUCUGGGGGAGUCGCUGGGACGGGCCGGGGGGGAGCAGGAACCAUGCAGUGGCUGCUUGAGCGGGAGAAGACCAGGGACCUUCAGAGGAGGUUUGAAAGAACUCUUAGUCUUUCUGGUGCUAAAGACCACCUUCCUGAACCGGGUCAGAACCAGCAGGCGUCGCACUCCGCCAGGCUGGACAGUAUGGACUCCAGCUCCGUCACGGUGGACAGUGGAUUCAACUCCCCCAGAACCAGGGAGAGCCUGGCCUCCAACACGUCCUCGGUCGUGGAGAGCAACAGACGACAGAACCUUGCUCUGAGUCCUGGACACUUGGGCAUGGCCUCCAGCACUGGACCUCCUUUCUCCUUCCAUACCAUCUCAGAACCUCCUAGCAGCCAAACAGAGAAGCUGCAGAAGCCCAGCGGCUGCCUGGCCUCCAUCACCAGCGUGUGAGGCUGCAGCUCAGAGUAGGACUGUUAGGGCUUCAGUGUUUUGAUUUUUCUGUGAUCUCAGGUUCUGUUGUUACACUUCAACAUGCCCCCCCCCCACACUCCACUCCACUUCAAGAUUCUCCAUGAUUUCAUGACCUUUCACAUGGACCAGGACCUCUGCCCCAACAUCUGCCACCUUCAGAGCAGACAAAGAUGCAGACAGACGUCCAUACAGAGUCCAGGUCCAGGCCAUUUCCUCUCCUAACUGAACCGACAAGAAGAGCUCAUUUUGAUGUGAAAUGGUUUCCGUGGUUUGUUGAAGAGGAGGAUUUCUGUGUUUGGUGCUGACCCGGUUCAGCCCAUACAGCCCCAGUGUUGCUAUUAGACACAACCUUGGUGGUUCUCAUCAUGUCAGCACGUUCACCUGCGUUUUCAGGGGAACCUUGGUUCUAAAGGUUUCACAGAACCUGUGCGUCCGGCUGCUGCUUCUAACCAGACUCGUCAGUCUUCCUCACAGAUCUGCUAAUGUUGGAGCCAGACGAACGUAUGAGGCCUUCUCCAAAACCUUCCAUAGAUGCUGACAGGUUUUGAUCUGGACUCGAACUCCAAUGCUGUGAACAUCUCCAUCCUGGAACAUCAGCUGAUGAGGAAGCUGCUUUGAAAUGUUGCUGAAGCUCAACCCGACCGACCACAGAGAACCCAGAUCCAGAUUUUGCAGAUGACUUCAUCCUCUGAUCCUCCAUCAGUCAGAACCCGUCCACUCAUCUGCUAAGGGAGCUCUUCUGUCCAUCAUCUCACUGAGCAGGGAACAUCUUGAAGCUCUUCCUUCUACUCAGACUGGGAGCUUUGCUCCUUCGCUGAUCUUUCAUCCCCUUAAAUCUGUCAAUAUUCUCCUCCAUCAGGCCACGUUCUCGCAGGGUUUCACUUCGUAGCUGGACUUCUAAGGUUCAUUUGGAACAGAAGAGGUAGCGUUUCUCUAUUUGGACAUAGACGUCCUUGAUUUCUCCUUCAAAGUAUCUGUGCUGACUGACUCCUGACUGCUCUGGAUGGUAACAUGGUCUGCAGCUUGAUGCAUCAAAUGAGCAGAGUGACAUUCUCUAGACAAAUCUUUAAAGUCCAGCUUCUCUGAAACCCUGUGAUUUCAGAUGUUCUCCAUCCAUGAAGAGGUUGGUUUUCCACCAUCUUCCAGGCUUCAGUUCUGCAGCCCCAGUCUUCUUUAGUCUGUGCAGACCAGUCAUCUGAACGUCGUCCUUACAGCCACAAGAUGAGUUCAGGACUUCUGAGGGAGAGAAGUUCCUCACUGCACCACACGUCUUCUCUGAUCCAGCAGAAGAUCCUAGCCCUCUGCUUUGAUCUACCCUCUAAACGUGGUUUACCUGGAGACAGGUGCAGACUCUGUAAAGUUCUGAAUGUUUUGGCCCGGCGUUGUGACGUUGCAGGUUCCUGCUGUAGUCUGAAGACUGUUCCUCUGAGAAGGGACUCCGAUAUGAAUGUUUUACACGGUUCCUGCUUUCUUCUGGAACAUUCUGUGUGAAAGUGUCCGGAGUGGCCUCACUGGUGUCGACUGUGUUUUUAUUUUCUGUAAUAACCUGUGAAUUCUGUGCUAACAGAACCAAACAUGAUUUUGGAUCUUGCUUUGUGUUCAGUUCUUGGUUUUAUUGUACAUACUGUGGCACAUAUUUGAAUAAACUUGGGAGACGAAGAC